AUGGCCACUCAAGCCAACUUCGACUCUUUAAACUGCACCUAUUUAGGCCUUGCUAUCGCCUGGACAUUCAUCCUCGCGGGUGGAUCAUACAUACUAUUGGAGAACCGUUGCUUGCCCUUCCUGUAUAUGAGACGAAUCCCUUUGACUCUAACGGCCGUCUGGACUCUCCAGAUAUACUGGAUUCUCACCAUGAUAUAUCGACUUACAGGACCAAUGACACCGUGUGCAGUUGAAUUCUGGGUCAUGAGUACUCUCUUACCCCUUGGGAUCGCCAUUUUCCAGGCUGCCAAUAGUCAGUUUCUCUAUGUUGCCUCUACACAGCGCAAAUACGCGUAUCUGUCUAGCCCGACCAAAGAGACGAACUCGGAGCACUGGGCAUCUAUUCGAACCAGACCAGAAUCAUCGACUACCAGAUCCAGAGGGCUAUUCUAUCGCUUUAAGGUCCUAGACAUUGUCACCCGGCUGACAUUUUUCAUCGCCGCGGGGAUAGUCGUAACAAUUAUCUCGACCUUUAUCAUCUACUUUGGCUCUCGUAAAUUUCAUCCUCACUUUGGAUUCAUUCCAGACAAUUUCCGAGGGGAUGACGCCCAAAAAAUAGCCCACUGCAAAAAGGGAUGGCAAUGGUGCCUUUCGAUCACUUGGCAGUUUUUCUGGUCCUGGAUCUAUGCCCCAUACGUGCUCUGGAAAGCUCGAAAUAUUCAUGAUACACAUGGUUGGCGUUUCCAGACAAUGUGCUGCUGUAUAGCUGGUCUUCCUGCCUCGCCUUUAUGGCUCGCGGCACUCUACAUUCCUGCAUUCGAACCGGUCAACAAAUAUUUCGCCCCGCCACUCUGGUUCGCAAUCUCCAUCUUUGUCAUGCAACUUAUGACUGUCCAUUUCCCUUGUGUUGAGAUAUGGAGGCAAAGGAGUCUCCAAGCUCAGAUCAGAGCCAGCAUUCAGGCGUGGGAUCACGGCAACAACUUCAGUGGCUCCUUUCAAUCUCAAGACACGAAGUUUUCUGCAAUUUGUCGCCAGUCGUUUAUGUCUUCGAUCGAUGAGACCACUCCAGAAGAUACCGCGAUACCGGAGCCUUGCGCACCCGUUUCCCCGGACAUGCGGCGUGGAGGGUUAUUCACAGACCUGGCACUUCAACACACACUGAGGUUAAAUCCCGCACCCCUGCAGAAGUUUGCUGCGCUACAGGACUUCAGCGGAGAGAACAUCAGCUUCUUGGUCCAUGUCGCAGAGUGGCAAAAGCCCUGGUUGGCAGCACGCUUCCGCAAUCAAGCUCACGCCUUCAUACUCCCUAGUGAAAGAGUCGAACAGGAGCGAAAAUUACGCUACCGCCAGUUUUGGCAAGCUGUACACAUUUACAUGUCCUUCGUGAAUAUGGAAAGCGCCGAGUUUCCAAUCAAUCUCUCAUCAAAGGUCCGGAAAGGCUUGGAUGCCGUCUUCGGUGAGGCUACCAUUCUACUUCUAAACCGACACAGUGUAGCGAAUCUGCCGCAACUGCCGCUGCUGCCGCUGCUGCCGUUGGACACAGACAAUGCUUUCAUUAAUUCAGAGCAGCCUAACCUAUUUUCCCUGGGCGCAAUUGAUGAUAAGAGUACUGAGCGAGGUGCUGCGUUUGCUUCUGCGCCGCGGUCCCUAUCAGCAUCCCGCGUUGUCUCACCAGCCCCAUCAGAAGGUAACCUCUCGGAAACCAACAGCAAGGCCAACAUUAUCUUGAGUCGGGAUACCAUCACAAUCCCCGAAACAUUCGACGAGAAUGUCUUUCGAGAGGCGACGUCCGUCAUCAGGCAUUUGGUGCUCACAAACACGUGGCCCAAGUUCGUCAAUUACACUCUGCGCUCCAACCACCGGACAUCACGAACAGGACGACCGCAAAGCAGAAGUAAAAGGUGGUUUCCUUGGGCAUAA